AUGGAUUUCAAUGGACAACAAGAAAGCGCUGGGUGGCGCUGGUCACUUCUUAUAUCAGCUAUAUUCUUGAACAUAUGUUUGCCGAGCUUAGUACUAUCCUAUGGCGUCUUGUGGGUGCACAGUUUAUCCAGUUUCGAAGGACCAGUAUGGCUUGGUCUCAUCACACCAUCCAUUUUUAUGGUUACUUAUAACCUUACACAAUGUUGGUUCAGGGAAGCUGCCGACUCUUGGGGCGGAUCUAUAGGCUAUCGAGUGAUGGCAACCAUUGGUCUCUUGUUUGUAGUCUCUGCUCUUCUUAUCUGUGCUUUCAUACCUUAUGAACUGCAGUCAUUUGUCUAUGGCAUUUCUUGCGGUUUAGGUUUCUCGCUUAUAUCAGCACAAAUGGAUGCAAUUAUAUUUGAAACCUACGAUUCUCACGUAGUAGCCGUUCGGGGGAUAUGCUAUUGCGGCCAAGCUAUUGGACUGUCAAUAUUUCCACACAUACUAACAGCGUUAAUUGAUACCUAUAGCUAUUCCCUUUCACAUAUUGUGAUAGCGGGCAUCAUGCUACAAUCGCUGGUAGCAAUCAUGUAUCUGAAAAUAGACGAAAACAUUAGACGGCCCGCGUCCUUCUCUCGAUAUAAAGACCUAUCUCAAACAUACAUGGUAUACAGAAAUGAAGCAAUGGAAAGCACCUAUGGAACCGAACUACAGUUACACAAUCUAAACAAUAAAAGUUGGAAAAGUCCUUCAGACGAUCAGUUGCAUAAGACAGGAGAGAUUUGUGAUGAUGGAUACGUCUCAGAGACUGUAACACCUCCUCCUAGUCCUGAAGAGAAACGACGGAACAUAUUUGGCGUUGAUAUUCUACCGCAAAUACCUGAAGAAAGCGAGGAAGAAAGUGAGGAACAAUACACUAAAGACACGAACAAUAAGAGACGUUUUAGUGUAGCCAUUAAAAGACUGAGCACUUUAGGAGAUAAUAUUGACGGGUGUAUAACAAAUCAAGUGAGGAGAGAUUCACAGCCAGAAGAUAGUAAUAAAUCAUUUGUAGAAUUCUUAGAAGUAAAAUACGAAACUGUGACACCAAUAACAGAUAUACGGACGGAGAGGAUUCUGAAUUCAUUUAGUUUUCGAUGCCAAUCAGCGUAUUUAAAUGCGAGAAGAAAGAUUUUGCUACCGUCAUAUAGAAUGUACAGAAUCAGACGGAGGUUCACAUAUCUUUCGUAUAGUGUAAUCGAUACAUUUAUUAAACCAUUAACAAGAUCUCUGACGUGUGGGAAGUUUUAUCCAGCGUUACUUUUAAGUUUCUCUAGAUUAAGUUUAUUAUCAAUAUCAUUAGUGUUGUUGCCAAUGUUGGCGUCAGAGGUGGAGCCGAAGAUUUCGGUUCUGGAAAUGAACUUUUUGAUGUCUCUUCAUGGGUUUACAUGGUUAUGUUUCUUGGUCUGCACUCCGUGGUUAGCGCAGACACCUAAGAGGAAUUAUAAAUAUAUAGUAGUGCUGGGUCUGCUCAUAUCUACAGCAUCAGCGUUUCUUCUGGCAGCAGACAACAACCACGAUUCAUAUUCUAUUGGCUGCAUUGUCGCCGGUUUUGGUUUUGGCGCUGUAACAUCAUGUUGGGAAGGGGCAAUCCAGGAUUAUGUCGGCGCCCGAAAAUGGCCUAAACUCCACAGUGCCCUAGAAACCAUCUCCGCAAUUAUGUUAGCUGUAUUUAUUUUAGCACUCACGUUUUUAAUAGAUGUGGAGAAAGGAUUUAAACUUGUCAUGUUCAUAUUGGGUAUUAUUUUAGCUGUGAUAACGAUGGUUUGGUUCGCCAUAGCGUGUGUAUCGAUUUACUUCAACAAAGUGAGAAAAAUCAGUUUACAUUCAAACUCAUAA